AUGGUUUCCAGAUCACCCGCCCCGCGCUCACGCCUUGGCAACGGCGGACUUGGCAACCUUGCCGCAGAACCACCCGCAAAUUUGUGGAUCUCCCCAUUUUCUCUGCUCAACAUUGCGCAACUUCGCCCCCAUCGCGCUAGCUACAUGGACACGCAGGAGAUCCGGGCAGUGCAUGCCGUGCUGCAUUUAAUCUCCCAUCGCAACAAGAACCAGCACCAGCGGGCCAAAUGGUGGAAGUGGCUGGCCCGACUGAAGCGCAUGGCCGCUGACCUGGAAUCGCAAAACGGCAGUGUCGCGAUUUCGGCUGCUUACAAGCAGUAUCUGUCUAAACAUCUAAUUCCGAAGUGUUACUUGGCAUUCUCUACUGUCGUCGCCGAAAACCAGUUUUCCACACUGGGAAUCGUGCUGUUGGCGACUCUUUCUCGCUUUGCCAAGGCAACGGGGACCAAAUUCGAAGAGGAGACGCGGCAACGACCGCAGGUCAAGAAGAAGACUCAGUCGGCUCCGCCCACCGAGGAUCGCGGAGAACGCGUGAGUCGCGCUGAUAUUGGCGUAGCACUGUCAUUGGAACAAGAACCUCAAGUGCACGGGAAGAAGUCAAAGCAGCCAACCGAUGCAAAACCCUCUACCGUUAAAAAGUCGAAGAAGGUUAAGCGAAAGAAGAACGCCAUCGACGAUCUAUUCAGUGGUUUAUUCUAG